UCGACACAGCAACAGUGCAGCUCUGUACGAACGAUCAGCUCAUUUAUAGAUUUCCAGUUUAACAAAAGCGAGUACUGUCCGUCAGUGUCAUUUAAAAAGUGGUGCAAAUAAGUGAUGAGCUUAUCUUCCCGAGGAUAUAGCAGUUCAAGAAUAAAACGCAAAGAAAAUUAUAAACCCUUACGUUCAAAAAUGCCGUCAUUAAGCUUUAACAUGCGUGAGCCAAGUAUUAGUAGUAGUAGCAAUCGUGCGUGCAAACGUACGAUUUCUUCUUCCUCUUCGUCCUCCUCCUCGUCGGCCGGCUUCGACUCCUUCUGUGUUUCUUUGGCUGUAGGACCGCUGUGGUGGUCCGAUGUCCCAACAAUCAGAACCGACCAUGAUAGGGCGUCCCCCUUAAAAGAAUACAAUCGCAAAACAUCAAUUGAUUCGACCACCACCGCUUCGUCUGAAUACAUCGAUCUAGACUCCACCGAAUCAACCGUUGACUUUAUGAACCAGCAUGAAGCCGCUGUUAUCCAGGAAGUUCUAAACCAACCAUCUCCAACGCAAAUUACAUUGAAGUUGUACGUAACAGAGCAAAAAUUCAGCACCUGGGAGACGGUCUUCAGCCCAAUGGAUAACAUGUUGUACGUGAACCUUCCGUCAACCAUGUCCCACGAGGCAUCGAAGCAUUCGUUCAUGUCUUUGCUGGAGUUUGCUGAGGAAAAACUAGAGUGCGAUGGUGUCAUCCUCUGCAUACGCAAAGACCGGCUCGAUCGCCCCAAUCUGGUACGCACAUUUUCCUUCGUCGGAUUCCAGCUGGUUAGCCCGAAGUCACCGUUGACUCCACCGCAUAUUGAGAUACAACAGAAAAAUGAUUACCUCUUCAUGAUAUACAGCAUUGAGGAGUAGAACAACAUCAACGCGACAACAUUACAGACGAAGAUGCGUGGGUGUGUUUUGAUCAAAAUUAAAUCUUCAAUAGUCGUAGCCGAGCCACGUACUCUCGGAAAAAUAUCAUUCCGCUUACCGAGAACGUCGAUUGGGUGGCUGGAUUAUUCAAAAGUAAGGAUUCAUAGCCCCACCGAGCUUCGAUAGGUGGCAGAUCGUUGCAUCCCAAAUCAGUGGGCGCUAUGGUUCCGUUUUGAUCAAUACACAUUUUCCUUGCGACUACUAAUUGAAACAAUAAUCGUAUCGACAGCAACAUCCUAUAAAGUUAAAAAGAAAACAUCUCUCUUUUCGAAAAGAUUACAAUACCAACAUUAAACUAACAGUAUAAACUAUCAUAUAAGAUACAAAACUUAUAAUCUGAUUAUAAAGGGUCGAUCACUUGCGAUUUGUAAUUGUUUUAAAGUGGAAUGCUUCUAUAAUUAAAAAACUAAAAAAGCAAAAAAAAAAUUAAAAACAUAAAAAUCUUUUUCUAAAACAUUAUUUGUACAAAAAAGACCCAAAAAAAUGUAUGAACUUAUUGAAUAUCUAUAGUAGGAACUAAUGCAAAGAAAAAGAGCUGAGAACAUUAUCCCAAAUUUUGUAACCUAUUGAAUUUACUUAGUUAACAGUGAAAAUUAAAAAAGUGUUUGAAUAAAAAAGAAUAUCUUAAUAAGCAAGCAAAUGAUUCCUUCGCCAAUGAGCGAGUUUUGAAUUUCGUAUUGGCAGAAAGGUGGUACCGAGUUUCGAGAAAAAAAAAUGGUUCCAAAAAACGCUUCAAGCGUACGGGGACAAGACAACUAUUUGAGCGAAGGAAAAAUUGUGUGAACUUGAUAAAAUAUAUUGAACAGAGUAAUACAACAAUUGCACACUUCUGCAUAUAUUAUUGCUUAUUAUUGUACUUAUUUUAUUAAACUGUAAUAUCCACCGAUAACGGAGGAACUUUUAGCGCAACCGAUGGUAUUGUAAUUCUUCUACCAACCCUAAACCUCCCGGGUCAGAAUGCAACACAUACAAAUUGAAGCAAUUGAAAAGAGAACACAUUCAGUUAUAUUUUUAACUUUAUAUGGAGAAUGGUUACAAGUGAAGAAAUGUUUUAAAAUAAUAAUUGGGAUGGUAUAUAUUAUUUCUAUCUUAUACAUUUACCUAUGUAUUUUUGUUAACGAAUAUCGUAAACUACAAAAUUUUAUUAUUUUUUUGCGCAAAUACACCAACUCUUUGCACUUCAUCGGAAUAGAAACAGGCUUUGUCCAGGUUUCAACGAAAGUCAGAGACAGUUUACUAACAUAGUAAGUAGUAGAGUUACUAUAAAUGUGCAUACCUUUACGUAUCCUGUAUUAUUAACAUUUAUAAGUGUUUAUCCAGAUCAUUAGAAUGAAUUGAAAGAGAAUAAAGAACACAAUAUUUUUUUGUUUCCGGCAUGGGAAUUACAAAAA